GCGCGGUGCCGCGUCUCCAUGGCGCCCUGAAGGCGGCGGCGGCGGCGGCGGAGUCCCUAGGCCGCGUCCUCGUCCUCGGCCGCGAGUGAUCUCGAUGCCGAGCACCUCGGAGGCGGCGGCCGGCGGGAGCGGGGGAAGCCGGGGCUGGGGGAGCGGCGGCGGCGGCGGCGCGGCGGCGGAGGCGGCCGCCGACAAGAAGCGGCUGCAUCACCGGAGACGGAAGCGCUUCGCGGCCCAGCCGCAGCCUCCCCCCCCGCCGCCGGCCCCGCACCCGCUGCUCUUCCCGCUCCUGCAGCCGCCCCUCCUGCAGCCCCCGCUCCUGCAGCCGCCGCUGCCGCCGCAGUCCCUGCUCUUCCUGGCGGCCACCGGCGCCUCCUCCUGCUGCGGGGACGGGGGGGAGCGGAAGCGGCCGCGGGGCAAGCGGCGCUCGGGAUCCCGGCACAAACGGCGGCGGGGCCGCGGGGGAGGCGGCGGCAGCGGCGGCGGCGGGACCCAGGAGGCGGAGAAGCGGCGCGGUAGCGGGGGGCUGAGCACGCUGGUGGAGGAGUACGACGACGUGAGCUCCCAGUCCGAGGGGCUGGUGGGCGGCGGCGCGGCCGGCGGCGGAGCGGGCAGCGGCGCGGGGAGCCCGGCCUCGUCCCCGGGCGGCGGCGGUGGCGGCGGAGGCGGGAGUCAGCGGCAGCGGGGCGAGGCGGAGAGGAGCGGGCGAUCCCGUCGGGAGCACCGCAGCGGCAGCGGCCGCUCGAAGGAGCGGCACCGGGAGCACCGGCGGCGGGGGGAGGAGAAGGCGCAGCAGGAGGGGGCGGCGGCGGGCCGCGGGGGGAGCGAGGCCGCCUCGUCCUCCUCCAAGUCCCGCAGCCGCCACAACCACGCCGGGGGCCAGGACCGGGAGGGACUCAAGAGCGGCGGAGGCGGCGGCGGCGACGGCCGCAGGAAGGGCUCCCUCGCCUCGCCCGGUAGCGGCAGGAAAGAGCGGGAGAGUAAAGCGCACCGUAGCCGGACUAAAGCGGCCAAAGAGCCGCCGUCGGCUUACAAGGACCCGCCGAAGGCCUACCGCGACGACAAGCCCGAGCCCAAGGCUUACCGGCGGCAGCGCUCGUCCCCCAGCCCCGGCCGGGACGACAGCCCGCCGCUGCAUCGCUCCUCGCAGAGCCUGCGGAGCCGCAAGUCGCUGAGCCCCGCGGGCGGCCGCUCGCCCCUCAGCCCCUACAGCCGCCGCCGAUCCCCCAGCUACAGCCGGCACAGCUCCUACGAGCGCGGCGGAGAUGUGUCGCCCAGCCCCUACAGCAGCUGGCGGCGGUCGCGGAGCCCCUACAGCCCCGUUAUCCGGCGAUCAGCAAAAUCUCGAAGCAGAAGUCCGUAUUCAUCAAGGCACUCAAGAUCUCGUAGCAGACACAGGUUGUCUAGAUCGAGAAGUCGUCAUUCAAGUAUUUCUCCCAGUACAUUAACUCUGAAGAGUAGCCUGGCUGCUGAGCUGAACAAAAACAAAAAAGCAAGAGCAGCUGAGGCAGCUAAAGCCAGUGCAAAAGCUUCCAACACUUCAACACCAACGAAGGGAAACACUGACACUGCUGCAAGUGCACCUCAGUUGAACAAUGUAAAGGACCUGAAGAAAGUAAAAAUUGAGCAUACGCCUUCUCCUACGAGCAGCGUAAAUUUGAAGAAUGACAAGGCAAAAGCAAAGGUCUCGCUUCCAGAAACUAAAGGAGAAAAUAAUCUGAUAGCAGACAAAAGUACUAAACAGAAAGCUACAGCAGUAAAAGAGGACAAAGUAACUGUUGUAAAACAGCAACCGGUCACUGUAAAAGAGAAAACCAAACCGAGUACACCGAGCGUAGUAACAAAGGAGAAGGAGCGAAUUGUUGCACUACCAGCCUCCACACUGCCACCCUUGCCUUUGCCUCCCACGCUGCCUGAAGAUAAUGAAACUGAUAGUAGCUUGAGAGAGAAUAUUACAGUGAAGUCAGUUAAAGAAACAGAGAAGAAACUUCGCCAUCUGCUUGCAGACUUGCCACUUCCACCUGAGUUGCCUGGAGGAGCUGAGUUAGGCAAAAGUCCUGAAGAAAAGAAACCAACAGUUCAGUUACACAGCAAGAGGAGACCAAAAAUAUGUGGACCACGACAUGGUGAAACAAAAGAAAAAGAAAUAGACUGGGGAAAACGCUGUGUGGAUAAAUUUGAUAUCAUUGGUAUUAUUGGUGAAGGCACUUAUGGACAAGUUUACAAAGCCAGGGAUAAAGACACAGGAGAAUUGGUGGCACUAAAGAAAGUUCGAUUGGAUAAUGAAAAGGAAGGGUUUCCAAUUACAGCUAUUCGGGAGAUUAAAAUUCUUCGACAGCUUAAUCACCAAAGCAUUAUCAACAUGAAGGAAAUAGUGACAGAUAAGGAAGAUGCUUUGGAUUUCAAGAAGGACAAAGGUGCAUUUUAUCUGGUAUUUGAAUAUAUGGACCAUGAUUUGAUGGGACUGCUGGAAUCUGGUUUGGUUCAUUUUAAUGAAAAUCAUAUAAAAUCAUUUAUGAGACAGCUGAUGGAGGGUUUGGCCUACUGCCAUAAGAAGAACUUUUUGCACAGAGAUAUAAAAUGUUCAAAUAUUCUACUAAAUAAUAGAGGGCAGAUAAAGCUUGCAGAUUUUGGGCUUGCGCGGCUGUACAACUCGGAAGAAAGCCGACCAUAUACCAACAAAGUUAUUACAUUAUGGUAUCGGCCUCCUGAACUUCUGCUUGGAGAAGAAAGAUACACGCCAGCUAUCGAUGUCUGGAGCUGUGGCUGCAUCCUCGGUGAACUUUUUACAAAAAAGCCAAUAUUUCAAGCAAAUCAAGAACUUGCUCAGCUGGAACUUAUAAGCCGAAUUUGUGGGAGUCCUUGUCCAGCUGUAUGGCCUGAUGUUAUAAAAUUAGCUUAUUUCAACACAAUGAAACCAAAGAAGCAGUAUCGACGAAAACUGAGAGAAGAGUUUGCAUUCAUCCCACCAGCUGCAUUAGAUUUGUUUGAUUACAUGCUUGCUCUGGAUCCCAGCAAGCGCUGCACAGCUGAACAAGCUCUUCAGUGCGAGUUUCUGCGAGAUGUGGAACCAUCUAAAAUGCCUCCCCCAGACCUUCCUUUGUGGCAGGAUUGCCAUGAGCUGUGGAGUAAAAAACGCAGAAGACAGAAGCAAAUGGGCAUGACUGAUGAUGCAACAGCGACUAAAGUUCCUAGGAAGGAUCUGUCUCUAGGCAUGGAUGAGAGCAGAACCAACACCCCACAAGGCAUGCAAACUUCUUCCCAACUCAAAACUCAGGGCAACUCUAGUGUAGCACUUGCAAAAACAAGCACUGGACAGCAGUUAAACCAGAAUGAAGUGGCAAUCCUGCUAAACCUCCUACAGUCUAAAACGAGUGUUAGUUUGGCACAGUUUGCCCAAGUGUUGAAUAUUAAGGUAAACCCAGAGACUCAGCAGCAACUAAAUAAAAUAAAUCUUCCUGCUGGAAUUUUGUCAGCAGGUGAAAAACAGUCAGAACAGCAGCAGCCGCCGCCGCCUCCACCGCCACCACCGGAACAGGAGUCCCUAAAACAGCCGACCGUCACGCAGCCUCCUGUGCCACCUGCUCAGCUGAGUCAGCCCAAAGUGGAAACUGACGCUGCCCAGGCAGCUGUACAGAGUGCAUUUGCUGUUCUGUUGUCUCAGUUAAUAAAGGCUCAGCAAACAAAACAAAAAGAUUUGGUGUUGGAGGAGAAGGAAAACGGAUCAGGAAAUGAAAUGUCGUUACAACUCAGGCAGCCUCCAGAGCCCACCACUCCUGCAUCUCUCAGCCGGGACGACAUGGAAUCUCCAGCACCCGGUUACCCACAUCUGAUCAAGUCAUUAUAUACUCCUGCAGGUCAAGAGGACUUGGCUAGGCAGGCCGAGAUGAGGCUCCUGAACCGAACGCCGGAACAGGAACGCCCUCGGAUCCUGCCUCCAGACCAGCGUCCCCCAGAGCCCCCGGAGCCCCCGCCUCUCACUGACGAAGACCUUGAUUAUCGGACAGAGAACCAGCAUUUGCCUAUAAGUAACUCUUCAGGAACAGAUCCUCACGCAGGAGUGAAAGCGGCGCUUCUGCAGCUGCUCGCUCAGCAUCAAGCUCAGGCAACAACAGAGGAGCCCGUACAGACGAGUGUGGAUUACCAGGCUAGAGACUCCUACGUAGCAGGCCCAGACUACAAGGACAACUUUGGAUCGUCCACCUUCUCUUCUGCUCACUAUGGUGGUAGCGACGGCAUAGGAAGCGGGUCAUCGGGAGCGCUAGAACGAAGGAGCUUCCUCGGAAACACAGAUAUUCAGCCUUUGGAUAACUACAGUACUGCUUCAUCUCACUCGGGAGGUGCCCCUCCUCCGUCUGCCUUUUCAGAGUCCUUUCCCAGCUCAGUAACUGGUUACGGAGACAUUUACCUCAACACUGGCCCCAUGCUGUUCAGCGGAGAUAAAGACCAUAGGUUUGAAUACAGCCACGGCCCAAUCUCAGUCCUGGGGAACAGCAGGGACGCUUCUGUGGGGCCGGAGAGUACUCAUUCCUUGCCUACUAAGAUGCACAACUAUAGCUAUGGAAGUAACUUACAGGAAAACCCUGGUGGUGGCAUCAGCCACGUGCAUGGACAGACCUGGACAUCUCCUGCACAAGGACCUGGCUACUCCCAAGGCUAUAGGGGGCACAUUAGUACAUCUGCAGUGAGAGGGCGAGGCAGAGGAUUACCAUUUUGAGUAUCUGUUUUUCCUCAGGCACAUCGUUUUUAUCUGGAAAAACUUUUUUUUUUUCCUAGCUGCAGUUUAAAGCAGCAAUUCAACAGACUUGAAUAAUAUUAAUUCAACAGCUUUAUUUUUAUGUGGAAAAGGGUCUUGCAUACAGUAGGAAAAAUUAAAAAUGCUUAAAACUCAUGCUGUCUGAAAAAUAGAUGAAUUGAUUGUACAUGUUCACAAACUAGUUCUGAAUUUUUUUUUGUAUUUUGGCAGUUUUAAGUGGAUGCUAAAUUUAGGGACAUCAGCUUUUUAUGGCACUCUUUCAGAUCUUCUGAACUAUGCACAUUUGUGCUUUUUUUGUAAGUUUGGACCAACUUUUAUGUAAAAAAAAAAAAAGAAUUUUACAACAAUCAAAGCAGGGCACUGAUUUAUUUGGUAUUUUUCUUUUUACAGAACUACCUUUAGUCAAAGGUCACUGUCAGUCAUUGCACUGCUUUCAGUGUUAUUGUGGAAGGCGUACUUUGUGCUCAUUUCAGAUAAUAAAACACAACCUUUCUCUUGAUGCAAAAUUUUAUAAAUAUUUGGUCGAUGUUAAUUUUUUUUCUUUCCAAAAAAAAGAAAAAAAAAAAAAGAAAAGAAAAGAAAAAAAGAAUGGAUGUUCUGGUAAAAUGUUCUCUCCAUCUCCCGGGCUUGUUUAUAUAUAAACUGUUUUACUUGAAUGGUAAGUGCCUUAACACGUAAGCUUAAGGUCUGCAAAAGUUGGAAGUACUCUAUAAAUCAAUGCUAAAGUAAUACUGAAACCUAGAUAGUUAACAAGAAAAUCCGAUAAUAAUAGAAAACUCAAAUAGGUCAUGACUUCGUGUUGUUUACUUCAUGUGGACCAGUUAUUUAGACACCUAAUCUUAUCUUGAUCAAGUCAUAAUUUCCAAAUUGAACUUGGUAAGAAAAGUGAGAAGAGUGAAGAGCGCAGUUUUUCCUCAGCUCCUCUUUGGAGCUGUAGUAAUUGAUUUACUUCCUCUGCCAAAUAAACUGUGCUUUUUAUGUCCUUUCCAAGUGGUGAAAAAAUUUUUCCUCUUAAAUGUCAACAGCAGUAAUUACUGUAUGUGAAAAGCUGACGCUAUCUCCUUAUUAUGACAACUGCUGCAUUACGGGAAGUAAACAAAGGACAAAUGACCAGUAUUUAAAGCAGACGUUUUACGCUAGUUCUAAUUCUGUAAACUCUUGAUUGUGCCAACUAAUCGUCCUUGUAUCUGCUAUUCCACCCAGUAUUCUAGUGUCGGAAUCGAGUCUCUCUGAACAACAGAUAAAAUAACUGUAGUUAAAACUCGUAAUUAACCAAGAGCCACUCCUCAAUAAUCAUAACAUCGAGCAUGUUUUUUUUUCCUGUGAUGACAAGUGGUCCCUCUCCUGCAGAGAGGAGGUAUGGUUAUAUUUUGCAUGUACGUAAAAGAAUGUUUUUAAAGCCCAUAUUGGAAACAAUUUUCCAACUGAUUAUCCAGUUGACAAAUCGGUACCUUAUGUAACUGAGUGUUUAAUUAUUACUUUUUAAAAAGUAAAAUUUCUACUUACACUAUUUCAAAUGUAGUCUUGUCAGUGACUUUUUGGACUUUCAGAAUAGAAGCCAAAGUUGUCGAUGUUUUGUUUUAAUUUUAAAAAUCCUUGGUUCUUGUUGAUGGCCAAGUACCACGUUGCAGAGCACGGAGAAAGUCACUGUGCUGACUGUGUGGAUUGAGGAUCUGGCAGAUGGGAGAUGGAGAUGUCCCUGUAAGCCCGGCAGCUGCCUUCACUAGGCACAGAAGGGAAUCCUGCCCUCUGAGAACAAAAUCAGCCUGGUCAGUCAGGAACAAACGCUUGUGGCCGCGUGCUUUAGGAAAACCACAGCUUGACAGUGCACGAGGUAGGUUGGUUUCCUUGAGUAAGGACACCUCAGUAACAUUUUUCUGCUAGUUGAAUUUUAAAGGCUGAAAUCAGUAUUCUCAUUUAGGUACGGACAGCGUCAGCUGAGGCUUUUUUGUUUACUAAUGGAUAGAAAAAAAAAUUCCCAAGAGGUUCAGACAGUUGUUUGGUUGUUUUUUUGUUUUUUUUUUUUUGAGUUAAGCAAGACUUUUAAAGCUCUUAGGCCUUUGUUUUCACUGAAAAUGUGCAGCCUAGUGUUACUCUACUGCACUUCCAAUGUAAAUUGGAAAAAAACAUAAAAGCAGGCAAGUUCAAAUGGAAGGUAGAUUUCAAGGAGGACUACGUGGUUUGACUUUCAGUACAAAAAUGUAAGGCAGUUGCAGUGUCCCGCAUCCUUCCUGGAGGUAAAGAUUAGGUUACUUUAGUUCAUCUAAUGCAGAGCUGUCAGUCUGUAAGUGGAGGGCAGGCAGUGCAGCACCACCGCUGGCUGGCAUCGCUCUGCUGCCACGUCGUUCUGCUGAGAUGGAUUUUGGUCUUCAGAUGUAAAAGCAAAGCCAACACAAGUAGCUGUGGCUGUGAUGGAUACAAAGGAGAUGGAGUAGACAGCCGGCUUCCAGAUGGAUCUAAACCAAAUCUUGUACACUGUUGCAGAUGCGUAUUUCCCCAAAUUCAGUUUAAGGAUAACUAGCCUGUGACCGAAGAUGUUUGCUUGGGACAGCAGUGCUGGUGUAGCACGGGGGGAGGCAGUCAGCAUGGGGUGAUGGCUGAGCAAGAAGGCUGCUGCCUUCUUUGCAGCCCGGGGAUCUGCCUGGCUCCCCCUGCUCUGAGCCUGGUCUAGCAGUUUGCCAGGCCCGAGGGCUGCCCACCUUUGGCUGUGCUGGCCCUGUGUGUGAUUUCUCAACAUUUCUUUUCUGUACCAUAUUAAGAGGUGCUUACAUCCGUUGAGAAUUUGAACCUUUUGAACAAACUUCACUUAGCAGAGUGAGUCAGUGCUAGUGCAACAUGUGGCUUCGCGUGGCCGUUGCGUUGCUGCCGCAGUAGCAGGCGUUCUGAAAAGCCGUGUGAUUUUUUUCUGUGGAGCCAUGGCUUUGGUUAUACUUCCCACCUUCCUUUGGGGUUUACAUUUUCUGUGCUGCAAUUCCAAAGUGUGCUACAGAGACCUGGACACCACAUCGAAAAGUAAGUGUUGUGUGUUUGUGUUUCUAAAACAUAGCAAAGUACUGUAACCAUGGACCGUGGAGUAGCAAGUGUUCAUUAUUUAUACUGAGCGGUCGGUAGCCAUACCAAGAGGAGAAACGUGAGCACGACUGGACUGCUGUGGAUGUGACUUAAGAUGCUUAGAGUAUUAGAACACUUAAAAUCAGCCAAAGGAAAAGGAACUGACUUCUAUUGUGGAUUGCUAGCUGUUACCUGAAACGGAACGGUGUUCGGGAAGGGGUGUAAAAAUACAUGUCUUUAAAUGUUAAUAUAAUUCCCUGGGGAGGUGGGCGGAAAUUAAAUGGCAAAUUUCUGUAUUUUCUUAUGUUUCCACAAAACAGUCUUAUGUUGAAUUUUCCUCUUGCUGCGGCAGUGUGAAAGCAGAGGUGCCGAGUGCUGCAGUGUUGAGCUCUGCAGGGUUUGGAGCUCUGCCCUUCUGCUGGUCCCUGCUGCAGGCAGCUUCUGGUGUGGUGCAGUUGCACUGGGAUCUGUUUGGUCACAGUGAGAAUACAGGAUACCUCUCGUCCGUGUGCAAAUUGGAUCUCAGACCAUGAAUUCUGUUUCCGAGAGAGGAAAUCUCAUGUAUUUCUUGCAUUCUCUUAGUUAAUGAAACACACAAGCAUUUUACAUGCAGCAUUUCUCCAGUCUGUUGUUAGAGGAUUUGUAUAGGAGGAAAUUUGGCUGUUUCCCUUCUUGAUGGUUGUGGGAUGUUCUUCAUACAUGAGUGUGUUAAGAAGAUAAAGAAUCACAGAAAAAGUGAUAUGAAUUCUGUAUUUAAAAAAUGAAAUGACCUUGGGUUAAAGUCGAACUAACUUUUGCUUAUCAGGGUGAAGAAUACUUUAUUGCAGGAGUUAUUUCAAGACAACAUAAUUUAAAAUAAUCAAACUGUUAUGCUUCAGCUUGCUUACCCUUCGUUAUUUUAAGCCAUUUGUAUAUAAAUGUAUCGUGUGGCUUGUAAAUAAAACACAUGAAAACUUGAAGUCUCUCAUUGUUUUUCCUCUUCGGUUCUCAAAGGGAAUUUUAAGAGAGCUUUGGAUUAAUUACUUUUUCCAGAUCCGUGGGAAUAUGAUUUCUCAGUACGUGAAAAUGUCGUUAGUUCUUCAAACAAACAUUUACUUCUCCGCUGCCUUUUGAAGGAGAACUGCAGAUGCUCACUGCUGGAGCCGGGCUCCUGGGCAGCGCGUGGUUUGCAGUGGUGUUGCAAGCGUGGCCGCAUGCUGGGGUGCAAUUCAGAGGGUGAGUGGGAGGGUGCUGCAGCUUCAACAGUCUCCUACCUGAGCGUUUGUAGGGCAUUCAUUGCUAGUGCCAGCCAAGCAGAAACACGGUUGCUGUUCUCCCCCUCUCCAGCUCCAUAAAGAGGCUGGUGUGCACGCUAAAGAGUGGGGAUCAGAAAGAAAGGGAACAGGUAUUUUCAGGGUCUGGUGAUGCACUGUUGCUGCUGGGGCAGCGGUUGUGCUGUGAGUGCCUGCUUUGUUUUCCUGCUGUAUCAGCUUUUUCCCACAAAUGCUGUGUUUUCAUCCAAAGCCAAGCCUCUUGCUGUACCUUCCGCACCGUUAGCUGCAGGCUGAGCAGGAGGCUGCUGCCUUUCACCAGCAACUUGUUGAUAAAAGCCCCAUAGAGAGGGUGAAGGGGAAGUUGCAGGUCAGUGCUGGUCAUGCUGAUGUUAGGCUGACAGAACGUCUAGCAGUGGGCAAAAGGAUCUUCAUUUCUGACAGUAAAUAUAUUGGCAGCAGCUCUAAGAACAGCCUGGGCUGUUCUUCAGGCAGGCAGCUCGUUACACAAGUGGUGACCUGCAGACAGCAGAUCAGAUGGGUGCAUGACAUGGGCUGUGCAAAGGGCAACAGGAAUCAUCCCAGCUGGAUCUGUGUGAGUCAACCUUCUAAAAUCUGCAGCAAAUGAGAGAGGAGGGGCAGAAAUGGCUGCAGUACCACAGCCUGCAUCAACACGCAAGGACCGCAUCUGCAAAGUCAGUGGCAAAAAACAGGAGAAAAAGUAUUCCAUCUUGCAGCCCGUGCUAUUAAAUGAGAUGAAACACGAUUCGGCCGCUUCUAUUUGUAAGGCAUCCAGCAGAAGGGAUUACAUCCACCAGCUCCCCAUUGCAUGGGGAAGUCAGAGCUCCCAGCAGCUGCAGCAAACAAGCGGAGAGAGAAUUUGGUUUGACAAACAAGAGCUGCUUCCUUUUCCCAGCUGACUGCAAUUACCUCCAUGGUGCUGGAGGGCUCUCCUUUGAGCCCCCUGCGUGUUGUGUCUGCUUAGUUCAGCCUCUUUUUAUUGCCCGCAGAAGGAGCUUGCCAUCAGUGUGAUUUAACUUGGAAAGAAAUUUUGAGUCUACUGCAAUUUUUCACUUUCUUCAGGUAUAACAGCACCUUGUUAAUAAGCAAUACUCUGAUCACUUUUCACAGCUCGGUUUCAAUUCUGCAGAAACAGUUCCUCCGAGGGCACUUGGGAUGUGCUGCUGCUGUGGGGAAUCCUCAUGGUAUGAUGAAUGGGUCUCUCGCACGGCCUCUUUCAAAGAGGAUGUGCUAAAACUUCUUCAACACUAGGGAAUACGGUGUGGGGGAGAUGUAAAAGGGCUGUUGUUGCUUUUGUUUGUUUUUCUCCAGCUUUGUGCAAAUUUGGGGUGUCAGCUCCCCCAUGAGAAUUCCCUUGCUGUCCCCCCCAUGCAUGUUGGGUUUUUGAGCUCCCUGCACUUGCAGCCCUGCCAGGGUGGGCACAAUGCAAUGGGUGGAACCUCUCCCUCAUCCUAUCCCUCACAGCUGAAUUUAAUGGCUUGUGCUAAAGUUUGUAAUGGUUGUUGGUUUUCUCCUCUCCAAAGAGCGGUGGCAGGGAGAUGCCCCUUAUGCUGGUAAGUUUCUGGAGAUAGGAAUUCAUGCACCUGUCCUCUGGGCUUCUUCUCUAAAUUAAGAAUAAUAAGGCCUAAGCCAAAAAAAAAAAAAACCCUUUCAAUAAAUGACCAUAAAUUGAGCCAUCAGAAUGGCCCAGCCCCGUGGCAAAGUUUCCUGCUGCAUUGCAUCUGUUCUCCAAAGUCCUUUCUCUUCUCCCAGGUAAUCCAGUAGCUGUGUUGGUGAUCUAAAAAUACUGACAGGCAUUUUUUUUUCCCCUUGGUCUUGUUUCAAAUUGUUUGAUGUAGCAGAUUAUGGAGAAGAAAGUGUAUGAAGGGGUCUUAGAGCUGCAUGGCAAACUCUUGCCUUGGACCUGCAUCCCUGCUGGGAGCCCCAUGGAGCCAGGAGGGAGGAGGGAGCUGGCCAGGCUCUGUGCUGUGCAGGGCAACGUCUGCCAGAGCAGAGCAGGGAACGUGCUUAAUGCUGGAACCUCAGAGCAUCUUCCAGUGAAAUGCAAGGGAAGUGCAUUCAUCCACACGUGUAAGGCCAAAAGUUGCCCUGAAAAAAUCAAGACCAUCUUUUCUAUUCGUCUUUUUUUACAGUGACCCACUUUAGUCUCUACAAGACGAAGCACAUGGCUGGCACUUCAUCCAACAAGAAUCUCUCGUAUACCUUUUUUCUCCCCUUCUUGCCAGUCUGAGCCCUGACUUGCUGUAGAAGUCCUCCUUGUAGGGAGUGGAGGCAGAUCUGGUAAAUGAAAAAUCACUACAUGAGAAACUGGUACAAACCAAGCGCGGCGGUUCCCCUACACAUAAGGGCUCCUUCAGAGGUGGAGCCCAGGUGUCCUUGGGGUGGUGGCAGCUACAGGAGUUACUUGUUUGGGAAUCUGGGCUAUGGGACUUGUCUGAGGUCACACUGAGUGUCUGCAGCUGAUGAAGAGUGGGAUUGGGUUGUCCCAUGGUUCUGCCUGGGUUACAACACAUUGCACAAUGGUGAGCAAAGGGAUGUUCCAGUUUGUGUAGCACCAGUGUCUUUCUCUGCACUUAAGCUCCGAGGUGAGAUAACACGGAGGUCCUCUUCCUUGCAGAGCCAAAGGAAGCUCUGAAUUUCUGGAGGAGAUUCUUGUCCAGAAACAUCACUAUUCCCAUGCAUUAAUAAUAGAUAAUAAUGUAAAAAGCAAAGAUUGUUGCGUAACAACUUAAAAUCCAGUAUCACUGACGUCGCCAUAUUCAUCUUUUUUUUUUUUUCCUUCUGGAGAAAACAAUAAUUUUGUUGUCUUCCCCAGUGUUCCUUGGCUGCCCCUGUGCCAAUGGAGGUGGGCUGCUUGCAGGGCCAGCGCUGCGGGGAGGUGGGGCUGCUGCCUCUGCUGCCCUGCACCACUGCUUGGUGUUCAUAGCUUGUGACUUCCCCAUUAAGCAAGCUGUUGCAAUGAGCUGCAGUGAGCUGUCAGACUGUCUGCCUUCCAUCCUGCUACUGAAGAACAAUUGUAAAAAUGUAUUUAUUAAUUGGUGACUACUGUUCAUCGCUGGGGGAAAAAUCAGGCUAAGAAGUACAGCAGACGUGGGAAGUGAACAGAAAACUAUUACUGGUGUAUAGGAGAAGGGGGUAGCAAAUACUAAUUAAAAACUGAUCCGCAGGUGGUCUGGUGGCUCCACACCAGGAAGGUAUCACUGUAAGCCUGGCAGGCUUUGUUAGGAGCUGCGAAUGCUUUUCUCCACACCUUGUUUCUCGUUACAGAUUGCAGAUCCUGCUGUGUGACUUCCCCACGAGCACAUGCAGUUACACAGGAUAGUGAAAGAAGACGUGCACGAAGCAGUAAGAAUUUUUAUUUGCACACUGCAGUUGCAAUUACAACAUUGCCUUUUGGGCACAAUGACAAAAAAAAAAAAAAAUCCCAUAGAAUUCUGCAGACCUGGUCUGUCAUAAACACAAGUCUAUUUCAGCUUAUACCGUGAGAUAAACCAGAGAUGGCUUUCUCUUUCAGCUGAUCUCAUGGCAGACUCUUCAUUUAUUUUUUUUUUUUUUUCCUUCUAAACCAGCUUUAACCAUGGGGAUGUCAGUGACCUCCUUCUGCUUUUAUUGCCACACCUGUUAUUUGUUGUAGAUUACAAACAUCGCUCCCUUGCAGCCUCUCAACUCUUCUGUUUCAUACAAUUCAUUUAAGUAUGGAUUCUUGUACAAUAUGGGAUUUAUAGGAAAAGAAUUCUGAGGAGCCAUAUCGUGUCACAGUAUGCAGUCAGUAGGCCUGUAAGUAAAUCUUUUUUCAAUUAUUUUUCUUUCUUAAAGCAAUGUUUAUUUAAAAACAUUUGCUGCUCUUUCUGAAACAAUAUGAAUGAAAAAGAGAUGUUUGAGAAAAUGUCAGCAUUUCAAAGAAGCCUUGAUUUUCACCAAACGAUUUUGGUGAAACUGGUAUGACUGCCUAGAACGUGUGUUCCUUUUGGAUUUGCCUUGGGAGAGGAGCAACCAGCACCCAACAGUUGGUGGUGGUUUAGUUGUGAUCAUCUAUUACUUCCACAGAAUUGAAAAGAAAAAGGGACUGGUUACACUGACAAGCUAAAACAUUUUCAGACAUCCUUUGUGACAACCUUGUGGAGGUGAAGAUGAAGUUCAGUUGAAUAUGCAGAACAACACUGAGUUGAGAUGUCACUGACCCAACCUGAAGGAGUCUGUUUCCAGGUGUAUUUCGAGUGAGAACAAUAUCCAGGACUGCUUCUGCUCUUUGCAAAGGAAAUAAAAGAACAACCUUUACCAAUGUAACAAGGCAAACCCAGCAUGGAGGAUGCAGAAGCGUGCGCUUUGCUGCUCACUGGCCAUUUAAUGGGAGAAUUCUGCUUGAGUUCCAGUGGAGCCAUUGCUUGCAUGACACUGCUGAAGGAUUUCAGAGGACAGGAGAAAAACCAACAGCAGCUACUCCCCUGGACACCAGCAGCAUCACAUUUACAAGCAGUCAGACCCAGGAAACUGGAUUUUUGUGAAGAGCAUGCUUCAAACCAUGCUGGAAAAGCUGGCAGCUGCUGCUGCUCUGCAGAGCAGUUCUAAAACCAUUUAUAAGUGGGAAAGAAAAAGUUGCAGGUUGACAUUAACUGUUCUGAAAUCAGUCA